AUGAGCCUCGGUCUGCAAGUCACCUUAGCCUCCCAGGCGGGGAUUCAAGCCCAAGCGAUCGCGUUACCCAUCACCGUCUCCGUCCACAACACUGCCGAGAUCCCUGUCACUAUUCUCAGAUGGAAUUCCCCCUUGGACCCCCAGGCGGGUGUGCUGGGCGUAUUCGAGGUUUCUGACACGACGGAGCAGCGAACACUACCUAUUCCCACUAUCAUGGUCUCACGCAAGCUUCCGCCCUCCGAAGAAGACCUGGUGGAAAUCAAAGCAGACGAGAAACUGGAUUUCGUGGUCAAUCUACCAGUCCAGGGCCUCGAGGAAGGACACCAAUAUUCUGUUCGCGCGCAGGGAACAUGGCAUGCCGUAUGGCCGACCGAACUAGCAAACGUCACCCCCCAGCUCCAGGAUCAAGGCGAUGAGAAAGGCGACGUAGAGCGGGGAGACUUCACCUCCAAUGUGUUGUCUUUGAGCGUCGAGGCAAAUUCGUGA